UCCAUGACAUAGAUACAACUCUCACAUGCUGUGGUAGAUGCUCCUAGAGAGAGAAACAGGGUUCUAGAGAGAGAAAGUGUUGUUCCUUUCUGUUUGCCAUCUUUUGCAGUGUGGUAGCAUUUGGGUUUCACAGAGCUCUUUUUAUUUCUGGUGGGGUUCAAGGUGAGGGGUGAAGCCAAGCAAGAUUUCGAUUUCUGUUUUUAUGCUCAGAAAUGUUCAAUUGCUUCUGCGAUUUUAAGGAACCCUAAUUGUGCCUGAGAUUCUGCCGCUCUGAUUCUAAAGCCUUUACCUGGAGAACUUUUUCUAUUAAUUGGGGUCAAUAGUGACGAAGUAUGUCAACCAGUUAUUUAUGGCUGAAGAAAGGCUUUCUUCAUUUGUUGGUUUAGCUUUUGUAAUGGUGCCAACAUGUAGACCAGCAACAGAAACCGCAUAGUGAAAUCGCAUCUGUCAGCAGAGAUGUUGAUCAGCAACGAUGUAGAGGAUUUGUUUGAUGAUAACUUUGAAGGAUCUAACGAAGAAAGACAGAUUUUUUCAGAGGUCUUUUCUGGUAAUGACAUUUUUCAGUCCAGUCAGAAAUGUGUUGUUCCUGGAGUUAUCAACUUUGAACACGAAUCUGCUAAAAACACAUUUAAAUCGUUCUGCUCUAGUAACGAAAACUCAGUUGCAUUGCAUCCCUCGUCUUCAAGACUUACACACCCUGAAGAGGGGAACUUUGUUGUAAUUGAGCAUUCUAAAGAGGCUGCUCCGGGAUGUUUGCCAGAGAGUUUCAUUUGUGAAGAACAGAAUGACGAGGAUGUGAAUGUCAAACGAAUGAAAUUUUCUCUGCAUGAACUUGCUUGUAGUAGAUCCGAUUCAGAAAAAAACUUGAGUUCAUCACGACUCUCAAAAGUAGCAGUUUCUAACCUGUCUAGUGCUGCUACAGGCUGUGAUAGGGAACCAAUUGCAUUCCGGUUGGUUGAAUCAUCCAAACAUGGUGUGAUAUCUAGUUGUUAUCUAUUGAACCAUAACAAUUUAAAUAAACAAGCUGUUAAGGAUGAGGUAGAUGCUACAAACUUUAACACAGCAACAGCAGACGGACAUAUUGCAAAAGAGGUGUCUAUAAGUAAAGCAGCUGCUUCUCCUGUUUCCCAGGAAAGCUUUGCGAGCAGGCUUGUAGUUACCAGUCCGUCAAUCACUGUUGUGAAGAAGUCUGGGUCUCCUUUAAAUCCUGAAGAAAUGCCGGAAUUGACUGAUGUGGACAUCUCAAAUUCACCAUCAACGCUACCGGAAGAGGACCCUCGUACUAUUCUGCAGUUUCAGAUUGUUCAGUUGCUUACGAUGGCAGGGUGGACUAUUGAGAAGCGUCAAAGGCCUAGCAGGCGUUAUCCAGAGUCAGUUUAUAGGACACCAAAGGGAAAGCCUAUUCGGGAAUUUACAAAGGCUUGGAGAAUAUGUGGUGAGCUAUUGUCUGUUGAAAAAUGCAAUUUAAUGUGCAGAGAUUAUAAGGAAUGGACUGAUAUUAGUCAAUUCUGGUCUGAUCUAUCCAGUGCACUGAUAAAUAUUGAUAAAACAAAGAUGCAGUCAGAAGACCCUGCUGCCAUGUUGGCAUAUCGAUGGUGGCUUUUGGAUCCUUUUGUAGUGGUUAUAUUUGUUGAUAGAAAGAUUGGUGCCCUGAAAAAGGGGGAGGUAGUGAAAGCAACUUGGAGUUUAGUUUCUAGUAAGUAUAAGGUGUCACGUGCUCCCAUUGAUUCAAACUCUGGAAAUUUGAAUCAGGUACCUGGAGGGUCUAAUGUAAAUUCAGUUCGUCAAGCCAAAAUUAGAAAUUCUAGAAGUCUUGAUAAGCAGAGUUCAGAAAACUAUCAGGAAACAGAUAAUAUUAUUGAUGGACAUGCGCCAAUGGACAUGUCAGAAGAAAAUAACACAUCCAGUGUGAGCUAUGGCUUGGUUCAUUCUCACGACUCAAGGGCUAUACAACAGUCUGAAUGUAGUGAGGAGGAGGGUGGGAAAAUCUUAGUAGAUCCUGCAUCUGGGAAAGAUAACACAUAUUCUGUUGCUAAUCUUACUCUUAGAAAGAAAAUGCGAAGGAAGUGCAAAAGGGUAUCUGAAAUUAAAAUGAGUAUGUCCUACCAUGGUGACAUGCUGGGCUCAACUGUCACUGACCAGGUGCAGUCACUAGAUGGUGAAGAAUGUGGUUUGGAAGAGGUCCAGAAUUAUCUAGUUGACAAUGCUGGAAGGAAAAGAAGCUGCAGAAAGUUAUCAUCUGUCAGUGCAAUUCAGAGAAAUAUCAGGAAAACAAACUGCUCCGUAACUGGAACGGAUAGGUCUAACAGAUGCCAGAUUAAAGAUGAUGAUUUAUUGGUGUCUGCAAUAUUCAGGAAUAAGGACUUUGGCCCAAAGGCAAUCCGGGGAAAUUCUAGAGCUAAAUCCUGCAAAUCAAGGGGCCAGAGAAAGCUUAAAAGCCAAAAGGGUCGUUGCAGGUUGCUGCCAAGGAACCCCUGUAAAGGAGGAAAGUACAACAAGGACUCUAAUAGGUUUUAUUUGGGUUCAAGGACAAUAUUGUCCUGGUUGAUUGAUAAUGGGGUCAUAUCUUUAAAUGACGUGAUUCAAUACAGAAAUGCUAAGGAUAAUGUUGUCAUUAAGGAUGGUAGGAUCACCAAAGAUGGUAUUAUAUGUAUAUGUUGUGGUAAGGUGCUUACAUUAUCUGAGUUCAAGUUGCAUGCUGGGUUUACAUUGAAUCGUCCCUGCAUGAAUAUUUUUAUGGAGUCUGGCGAGCCCUUUACAUUGUGCCUCCUUCAAGCUUGGUCAGCUGAAUACAAAGCCAGGAAAAGUCUGAAUCAAGCUGUGCAGACCGAAGAUAAUGACAAAAAUGAUGAUUCGUGCGGAUUAUGUGGUGAAGGGGGUGAGCUUAUAUGUUGUGAUAAUUGUCCUUCUACUUUCCACGCAGCUUGUUUGUCCACUCAGGAGAUCCCAGAUGGUGACUGGUAUUGUGCAAACUGCACUUGUAGGAUAUGUGGAAAUUUGGUUAUUGAUAAAGACACUUCAGAUCUGCAGGAUUUGUUACAAUGUUCACUGUGUGAACAUAAAUAUCACGAGACAUGCCUGAAAGAUAGAGAAACAAGAGAAGGAACAGCCUCAGACAUUUGGUUUUGUGGUCAGAGUUGUCAGGAGGUGUACACUGGACUCCAAUCUCAGGUGGGGUUAGUUAAUCAAGUUGCUGAUGGCAUCUCAUGGACGCUUCUAAGAUGCAUUCAUGAUGACCAAAAAGUUCAUUCUGCACAGUGGUUUGCCCUAAAGGCAGUAUGCAAUACGAAGUUAGCAGUUGCUCUUACUAUCAUGGAGGAGUGUUUUGUGUCAAUGCUUGAUCCAAGAACAGGCAUCCACAUGAUACCUCAAGUUUUAUAUAACUGGGGGUCUGAGUUUGCUCGUCUGAAUUUUCAAGGGUUUUACACCAUGGUAUUGGAAAAACAGGAUGUGUUAGUAUCUGUAGCAUCUAUCAGGGUGCAUGGAACCACAGUAGCAGAGAUGCCUCUAAUUGCUACUUGCAGUCGGUUUCGUCGACAGGGAAUGUGCCGGCUCCUUGUGAGUGCUAUUGAGGAGAUGUUAACAUCUUUCAAGGUGGAAAGGCUUGUGGUAUCAGCCAUUCCUGAUUUGGUUGAGACAUGGACUAAGGGCUUUGGAUUCAAACCCGUUGAUGAUGUUGAAAGGAAAAAAUUGAAUAAGUUUAACAUGAUGAUAUUUCCUGGGACAGUGUUUCUUGAGAAACCGUUACACAGGAAGAUGAAAACUGAAGUUGAAACAGGACUGUGUGAUGAAUCAACUCAAGCAACAGAUGAAUCCGUCAAAGUAUGUAUCAGUUCUGAAGGAAUGAACAUUACUGACUCAUUGCUACCGGAUGUUGCAAACAUUACUACCAAUCAAGUUGAAGCAAAGUCAGAACAUGAACCUGUGGAUGGUAAAAAUCAGUCAGACUAUGAAGCUGGCAGUGAUACCCUCAGAAAAGACGAUACACAACCUGUUGACGCUGCAUUGGAAGCCAAAGAAUCAACAGAAAUAAGUAGUAGCUGUUUUACGGAAGAGAUCAUCCAGUUGACAGUGUCUGGUGGCUCAGAGAAAUCCAUGGAAGAGAACAAUGUGAGCGAAUUGAGAACAUGCAAUAAAGUGGAAAUAGAAAGUGAUUCAGUAAAGCAAUCUAGUGAGAAUUUUUGUGCUAUCAAAGAUGGUGCUGAACCAAGUAUAAGGAUUUUGGAGGACAAGAAUAUCAAAAUAGGGGAGGGUCAGGAAAAUGCUUUGCAGGGCCAUUUUUCAAACCUAUCCUGCAAAACAUUUUUAGGCAGCAAUUUUGACACGGAUUCCAGUAUUGAAUGCUCAGUGAUGUAUGAUGAAACAGCUUUUUUUGGAACAUUUGCAAAGUCUGCAAGCUGAAUCAGAAGUUGAAAGAAAGUAGAUGUUUAGAGAGAUGUUGUGAUGCUCAUAACAAACUUGUGUAGGGUAUCUUACGGCAACUAACUGCAAAAUAUGGAAACAUAAAAUGGGUUCUAGACAACAGGGCUAGAUAAGUUAAAAUUGUGACCCAUUGUGUGUAGCUAGGGACUUAGUGUGCAGCAUAAGAUGGAUGCAAAUAAAAAUGUUUUUUGGUCUUGCCUUGGU